AAAUAAAAAAACGCCAAACCUAAAAAGCGAUCCAAACCCAUAUGCACAAUCGUCAUCAUCAUCUUUUUCUCGGUACAUUUUGUCCGAAAGCAAAAUCAAAACACUGCAAAUGCAACUAUACCGCAUUUUGCGUUGACGAGUCGAACUCGAACCACCACAGCAAUGGAGGAACCACCGUGUUCAUCAUCAUCGCGAUCGAGCUCCAAAGGAAAAUCCUCAAUCGAUCCCAUCACCGGCAUCAACGUCCUCAGCGACGAUCUUCUCCUCAACAUUUUCACCAGACUUCCUGCCAUAUCCUUCGCUUCUGCAACUUGCGUUAACAAAUCAUGGAAUUCCGUUUGUAAUCGCAUCAUUUCUCGUCCAAAACUAGCUUCUGCACUUUCUCUCAAUCCUUCACUCCGCGAUGCGGUGAAUGAAGUUGUUGAUAAGGUUUUGUCUGAGCCAAUUCGACCUUAUUUUGCUAUUGUCAAUAUUGGAUGUGGAUUUGAUCCGAGCAAGAUUCUGAGGCUUGUUAAGCGGAGAGUGGGGUUCAAUAUUCCGGUGGUUGUUACGGUGAAUAAUGGUAUUAUUGGAAGGGAUGCUGUUACUGAUGAAUUUAAAGAGGUGAAAUGGGGUGCUCUUUUUAGUGGCAUUGACGAUGAAGAAUAUGCGAGACAUAUAAAUGAAGGCAUAGUUUUGACAAUUGGCUGUUUGCCAGGAUUGAAAGUUGAAGCUAUACCGUUAAUACGACCAGCAAAGACACCUCAAGAACCAUGCGUUGAUAGUUUUUCAAUGGAUAUCAAGGAAUACUCAGCCUCUGUCUCUGGUCACCAAUUCCCUGUUGGGAUUAUAUUAUUUGGAGAAGCAAGCAGUGACAUGAAACUGGUCAUGGAGAAGUUGGAUUAUGCCAUGCCUAUGGACACAGUCGUUGUGGGCGAUGAAAGAGGAUGCUCUGUAUUCAGAUGUGGAAAUGAUUCUAGACACGCCUGUGGUAGUAAAGGGUGCAUAGAAGCUGUUGCUCUUGUCUUUGCUCAGGACAGAAACAGGUCUUCUGGAAAUAUUAGAUUUCAUGUUGCCUUCUCAAAUGGUGUUUCACCUGUUGGUGGCAGAUACAAGGCAGCUUCAGUUAGAACAAACAAAUCCGAUUGUUCAACAUGGCUAACUGCCAAAAGGGAAGGGCAUCAGCAACCUCUUGAUGGUCAAACUAUUCUUCAUGAUAUUAACACUUUGCUGGAGAAUCACAUUGAGCCUCCUGAGUUGUACAUUGGGGUGACUAAGCAUAGGAAAGUCUCCAUUGGAGCAGAGAAGCCAAUGCCAAGAACUUGUAUUGCAUAUCAUGGCGUUGUGGGAGGUGAUGAAGAGUAUCUAUAUGUUGAUGGAAUGGGCAUCAAAACAGGAGAUAUCUUUCAGUUCUACCAUUCAGAUCCUAAUGUUGCAUUAGCUUCAUUAACUGAAGUUCGUGGUUCCUUUAAAAAAUUUAAGUUGGGGAGGAAUUCCAGGAGUUCGGAGAAUGAUGGAGACAAUGCUAUCAAUGUUUUCGGUGGUAUUGUUUUUGCUUGUUAUGGCCGCGGCGAAUCAUUUUUUGGGCGUCUUAAUGCUGAUAGCUCCCCCUUCUUGGAGAAUUUUCCAGGAGUGCCAUUGGCUGGAAUGUUUUGUGGUGGAGAAAUGGUGCGUCCUUGUACCACUAUGAUUGGUCUAUGUCCAGAUGCAAAGCCCAUCAGUUGCUUUUUGCAUGUUUAUAGCAGUGUCUAUUUACUGAUGUCAUAUGAUCCUCCCUCUGUGGAUCAUUAGAUGCUGCUUAUAAUUUUUUCUUCAAAAUGUACACUUCUAGUUUGAGGAGGAUGUCGUUUUUCCAUUUGCCAUGGACAUGGACUAGACUAUCUUGUCGUGAUUGUAUCACAUGGGCAUGUACUUCAUACCGUCCUAUAA